UAGUAGGGAUAGUUUGCCAAUUUUCAAUUUCUUUCUUAUUUUCUUUUGAAAGAACGAAACAGCGUUAGGGCGAAGGAUACGGCGUGCGCAUAGUUUGGAACCGAACAGAUGAACGAGUUGAAAACCCACCGCCUCCACUCUCCGAUGAAAUAAAAAAAGCGCGCCAUGCUUCAAUUCUCCUCUUCUCAUGGCGUCUUUUUCUCUCAGAGCGCACAAAAACGUCUCCACUUCUCGCCUCAUUGACUUUUGUUAUUUUUGUUGUCAGAGGCUCAGACACGCUUUUAUGUACCCAGCAGCGGAUUUUCACUCAGUGGGUCGUCAAGAUGCAGCCAGCGACGACGGAUUGUCCGGUGAAAUUCAUGCGGUUAAGGUAGACUGGAUGCUCACCAAUAUUAAAAAAAAAGGUGCACCCAACGGGGACAUGCCCAAAUGGAAUAAAGUUAAUGGGCGGGUUUUUGGAAUCACUCGUUGGAUGAUCCCAUCUUCACCACGGAAGGUCUUGGAGGCACUUCAUCAUGAAGGGUUUGAAGCCUAUUUGGUGGGUGGAUGUGUGAGAGAUUUAAUUCUAGAUAGAGUACCAAAAGACUUUGAUGUGAUUACCACAGCUGGACUUACACAGGUUAAUAAGCUAUUUCGUCGUUCACGUAUUGUGGGGCGCCGUUUUCCUAUUUGUAUGGUCCACAUUCAAGGCACCAUUACUGAGGUUUCAAGUUUUGAUACAACUGCAAAACAUUCUGAGGGAAAAGAAAUUACAGCACAUUCUCAAAUUCCAAAAAAAUGUGAUAAAAAGGACUUGAUUCGGUGGAGGAACUCUAUGGAGCGAGAUUUCACAAUUAACAGUUUAUUCUUUGAUCCCUUUUCAAAUGUAAUCUAUGACUAUGCUGAAGGGAUGGCAGACUUAAGAUCGUUGAAGCUGCGGACACUAAUUCCUGCAUCGUUGUCAUUCAAGCUGGACUGUGCUAGAAUUCUGCGUGGCUUAAGAAUUGCUGCUCGUUUGGGUUUGUCAAUCUCCAAGGAAACUGAGACUGCGAUCCGUAAAUUUUCUCCUUCCAUCACAAGCUUGGAUAAGUUCAGGUUAAUGAUGGAAUUGAAUUAUAUGCUAUCUUAUGGAGCAGCCGUUCCUUCCCUCUAUUUGCUUCAGAGGUUCAACCUGCUUGAAAUUCUGCUACCAUUUCAUGCUGCAUAUCUUAAUGAACAGGGCAUUAAUAAAUCUUCACUGAGUUCUGUAAUGUUGAUGAAAUUGUUCUUCAAUUUGGAUAAAUUGGUUUCUUGUGCUCGGCCUUCAAACUGCAAUAUAUGGGUUGCAUUGUUGGCAUUUCACCUGGCAUUAGUUAACAACCCUCAGAAUUCUCUUAUAGUUCUGGCUUUUGCUGCCACCUUGUACCAUGGGGAGUGGAAUGAAGGUGUGAAUUAUGCAAGAGCAAAAUCUCUUGUAGAGAUCAACUUAAGGCCAGAGAUUACAAGAUCGGCUGAAUUUAAAUCUGAGAAUGAGCUUGCAGAAGGGGUUACUUGUUUUGCUUUGAAUGUACAAGGUUGCAUAGCUGCUCUGACUUCAGCAGAUUGUUUAUUAGAAGCCAUGUCAACAUUUCCAGCCUCUUCAAACUCUGGUUUGGUAUUUGUGUCAAAAAAAGCUGCCAGAGAUGUCGCCAACAUUUUUGAAGUGCUGGUGAAUGAUGUUGAAUCCUACAAAGACAAGAGAAAGAAUUUCGAAGUUGACUAUAAACAGCUUGGGAAUGGUGGUUUUUUGAGGGAGAAUAGAUAUGUAUUGGGAAAAGUUAUUUUGGAAACCCUGGAAGGUGCAAUUCUGCAGGGUAAUGAAAACAUUCUUGACAGUAACCAAAAUCUUGGUAUUGAUGCUCCUACUAAGGAAACUUCUAAUUCACCAGUCUCUGAUCUGGUGCAGGAACAAUUGGUUAAAAGAAAUAAGAAAGUUCGGAAACUGCCAUCUGUUUCUGAAGUUGAGUUGAAAGCGAAUAAGAAAUAUAAGUUUGUAAAGGAGGAAGGAAGUAUUUCUGACAAGGUGAGGGCUACUGAGAAUAUGCGGGAAAAUCCUGAAACGAUGGGGAAUGAGGUCAAGAAGAUUGUCCCUUACAAGAAAGCGUUUCAGAAGGUGACCAAGGAGCUGCUUCACCCUGUAGAGAUCAAACCAAGGAAGAUGGACAAAGUAGCAGGGCAGAAAGGAAAGUCUGAGAAGAAAGAGCAUCAUCGGGUGCCGCAGGGAAAGGAGAAUAUUAAAACAAAACAUAGAGAUAUAACAAAUAUCAAGCAGUGCAAAGGUCCACUGUCCAGCCUUUUUAAGUAAACACCUUUGGUGUGUAAUUCAGAAACCGAUCUUGGAAUACAAACUGGUUGUUAAAAGUGCGCUUUGGUUCACCUGUCUGAAGGUGUAUGACUCCAUCAUCAUAUAGGUUUGAUGUUUCUACCCCAGGGUUUGAUCACAACAGUGCUAUGCCUCAACACGGUCACCCUGUUUGUUUCUGUUCAAUAGAUGGAGGGAGGAGUUUCAAUUGAAACUUCCAGUGAUCUAGAAAUCCAACUGGAGUUGUUCCCAAACUAAAUGCUGAACAUCCACAUGACCCAGAAAAAAGAGCCUACGGAAUUAAAAUCAGCACAUACAGAAAAUGGUAUUUCUGAUUCAUUCCUGUGUCUUUGUAAUCAUUAGGAGUUGCAAAGAAGUUAGUUUCCCUGGUUCUCAAGACAAGUGGGUAAACUAAUUCAUCUAGAUUAGUUGAUUCAAUUCAGUCAGUUGCGGUUAUCGUAGAUUUUGUUUUUUUUUUUUUUUUUGCUUGUUUUUUCUUUCAAACUAAUAUUAGCUAGAUUAACAAUUUGAUUAACCUUGACCUUUUCCCUGCAUUCUAUUAUUAUUUUUAUUACUUUUCUUCA